GCUCUGCUUCAAGCAGAUACUCGGGGCGGCCCAGCGCAGGACAGACAACGCCCUCUCCGCCGGACUCCAUUCCCCGCUGUUCGGUUCCCGACACCCGCAAUCGUGGAUGGUCGAGAUGCUGAACCGCGACUGGGAGGCCUACCCGGUGGCCGUCCCCGUUCCCUGGCAGGGCCACAUGUACUACGCGGUGUCGUCGCACAACGCGUCGGACUUGUACUUCUGCAUCACGAAGGGCCCCGACGGUGACACGAUCGACUUUCAGUGCAUCGGACUGUUUCUCAAGAAACUCGAACUUGGACCGGGCUCGUGGAACUAG